CGCUCAAAUCAGCUCCUGAGUAGGCAGGAAAAAGGGGGCGGGACUUGGGUGCAGCCAAUCAGCCAGGGCGGAACGAAAAGGCGGGAAAAAGAGGAACCAAAAGAAGGCUGAGGUGGCGCCCGCGACCCGAAGGGUAGGGAAGGUGGAAGAAAGAGCCGGCCUCCAGAAGCUGAACCCAGGUGGCCCUGCAGCACACAGACGGUGGCGCCCCACACCCGUGUCCCCGCACUUUGGGGCCAAGGCAGGACAACCUCCGCCAUGCACCUCCCCCCGAGCCUGCAGGACCUGACUAACAGUGAGGCUGUGCGCUUCCUUAGGAGGCCAAAGAGUAUCACACGGAUCCUUGCAGGGGUCUUCUCGUUGGUCAUCUUCUCCUCCCUGCUGACCGAUGGCUACCAGAACAAGACAGACUCUCCCGAGCUCCUCUGUGUCUUCAACGGCAACCAGGCGGCCUGCAGCUUCGCUGUGGGUGCCGGAGUCCUCGCCUUCCUUAGCUGCCUGGUCUUCCUCUCCCUGGAUGCCCGCGAGGCCCACAUGGUCAACCCCCACCUCAAGAUGGCCUUCCGACUCCUGGACAUCAUCGUGGCGGUGCUCUGGGCAAUCACCUGGUUCGUGGGUUUCUGCUUCCUGGCCAACCAGUGGCACCAUUCCUCACCCAAAGAGCUUCUUGUGGGGAGCACCGGCGCUAAGGCGGCCAUCAGCUUUGCUUUCUUCUCCAUCUUUGUCUGGAUAGUCCAGGCCUAUCUGGCAUUCCAGGACCUCCGGAAUGAAGUCCCCGUCCCCUACAAACGCUCUCUGGACGAGAGCGGUGUGGUGCUGACCACCCUUUCCCCGCCGUCCACCUCCAGCUCGGUGAACUUGCCGGCCUCCAACCCUGGUAGCCUGACGUACUCCAGCUCCCCUCUGCCCUCCCACGUGACCACCCCGAAGGGCCCCCGCCUGGCUAUGAUGCCCGACAGCUGAAUGUCCUUGUCCAAAGCAGUAAAGAGAUAUUCUUUCU